GUCCGAUAUGUCACGUGAUACCAUGGGAAUCCAAGAUGGUGGACAGAGAUGCGGACACGCAAGCAGUCUCGGCGUAUUGCAGACUUUCGCACAUUUAUAUAUCUCUGCAGUAAAGUUUACAGUUAAUUAGAGAGACAAUGGCUGAUGUAGAAAUACAAAUGUUAGAGCAGCAACGUCUCAUAGAGCAGCUCAAAUCUAUGAUCCGAGAGCGAGAUGAGGAUGUGCAGAAGAAAGACAAAGAGCUGCAUGAGGUGAAUGCGAAACUGUCCAAGUUGAAACUACAAGCUAAGGCGAAACAAGCCCGAGAAGCCAAAGACGCUAAAGAAGGCAAGGGAGGUAAAUCUGUGUCGAAAAAAGAAGCAACAGAUGCUCCUGAUGACAAGAGUACAACAGAAGAGGAUGGUCUGGCAAGCAGGGCGAAGUCACUGUUACUGAAGAAGAAACUGGAAGAUAAAGAAAGAAUUAUCAAGGAGAAAGAAGAAACAGUGAUCCUGAAGGAUCAGCAGAUAGAAGUCAAGGAGAAGAUUAUAGCUGAGAGAGAAGAAAUUAUCUCAACACUUACUAGACAGCUGGAAGAUAAAACAAAACUCAUGGAAGAAAUGAACACACAAGGCUCUACUGGGGAUGAUGCUGAGGCCAGGGUUCAGCAGAUGUAUGCACAAAUUGUCUACAAAGAUAAGAACUUACUGGAGCUGAACAAUAAAAUUCUUGAACUAGAAAGGCGUCUCAUUGAUCUACAAGAAUUUAUAGGAGAGAAGAAUGAAGUCAUUCGGGGUAGAGAUAAAGUUAUACAGGUUUUACAGUCAACCAUCAAAGACAAGGAUCAGAGUGUUACAGACCAUGCUAUGCUUGUCACCAAACUCACAGGGAAAGUUGAAAGUAAUGAUGAGGUUCUUGGACAACUCAGGGAACAAGUGGAAAAAUCAGAUCAUGAACUGCAACAAGAGAGAGAAAGGUUUAAUCUCAGACUUACAGAAUCCCAAAAAUACUUUGAAGAAACUUUAAAAGAACAGGAAGAAAGCCUUGCUAAACUGCGUAAAACAAUUCAUGAUAAAGAAGGGGAAUUACUAGUGGCAGAAAAUGAUUUAAGAGAAUUAAUUACAAGACAUGAAAGAGAUAUUCAAAAAAUAAUGUCAAAAGGUGAAGUGAAUAUUCAAGAUCCUGUGAUUCAAAUGUUAGAACAGAAACUGAAAGAUACAAAUGAAGUAUUAGAAGGUAAAAUAAAAGUGAUAGAGGUAUUACAAAAAGAAUCUAGUCAGAAAGAAAAGGAUUUAGAAGAAAGCAGAGAAAUUCAAAAAAGUUUUAAGGAAAAGUUACAACAAAUGUCAGAGCAAAUGAUGCUAUUUCAAGCUAAUUUGGUUGACAUGGAAUCACAGUGGCAAGUUGAAAGAAAAAAAUAUGAAGCGAAAAUUUGUGAACUUGUUGAAAAACAUGAGCAAGAAAGUACAGAAAAAGAAAUUCAAAUACAGAGUCUAAAAUCAUCAGCUGAUCAGUUAGAAGGUGCUUACAAUCAAUCUGUUGCUCAGUAUAGUGCUCUGCAAGAGAGGUAUCAUCAGUUGGUAAAGACUGGUGGUGCUGUCUCAGCUGCUGAUGGUGAUGCAGGCAAGAUACCAAGUGAUAUGGGUAAAGGGGCUGGUGAUUCAGUAAAUAUUGAAGGUCUUCAAGCAUUGCUGAAAGAGAAAGAUCAACAGUUGGAAGAAUUAGAAUGCUUGAAACAGAAAUCUGAAAGUUUGACAGAAAUGUUUAGAGAGAAGCAAGAAGAGAGUGAAAAGUAUAAGAAAUUACUGGAAGAUAAGGAGCAGGAACUGGAAUCUUUACAUAAAGGUGCUUCUGACGAUACUGGUGCUGGUCACAAAGGUGGAGAUACAAAGAUGUUGAAAAUGAAAGCACAACUCACUGCCAAGGUGAAAGGCCUUGAGAAGGAGAUAGCUCAAUUAAAAAAGGGUUCCAAGACAACAGGAGAACUGGACAGUCUGAAAAAUGAGCUAGCUGCUGUUGACAAGGAAAGGGAAUCUUUAAUGUCUAAACUUGCUGACUUCGACAAGCUUACUUCUCUUAAAGAUGAAUUAACUGGGAAAGUCACAGAACUUGAGAAUAAAUGUGAAAUGUUAGAAGAAGAUAGGAACCAGUUGACCUCAGACCUGGAGACAGUGAGGGCAGAAAGAGAUCAACUACAAGUUCAGGUCACCAAUCUACAGGAAACUCUCAGUCAGAAUGAGAACGAACAAGAUGAUAACCAGACGCAAAAAUUAACUGAUCUUGAAAGUGAAAUUGAGGCAAAGAAGACACAGAUUGUACAACUUCAUGAAGAACUUGGUGCUGCUAAGGAGGCACUGGAACAACAAACUACCAUGGCAGAACAACUUAGAGAAGAAAAGUCAGCAUUAGAAGAGAAGGUUACUGAAGCACAGAAGCAAAUACAAGAUGUUGAGAAGCUGAAAGGAGAUUUGGAGUCAGAGAUAUCAGAGCUAAACAGAAAAAUGACAGAAGAAUUACAACAACCUCUACAAGAUGUUGAAAAGGAAAGAGAUGAACUUAAACACAAGAUGGAGGAAUUACACACUGAAUUAGAUUCAGUGAAAAAUUUAUCGAAGGAUCAGAAAGAUGAGAUAAAUCAACUAACUGCGUCUCUAGAAACCCUCAUAGCUGAGAAACAUGAACUGGAAACACAGAUAACCUCCCUUAGUAGAGAAUCUACAGAGCUAGAUAACAAGGUCAAAGAUACUGAAGCUGAAAAGCUGCAACAGUCAUCCAGAUUGACAUCCCUUGAAGAAGAAAUUUCGACUCUAAAGAACCAUUUAAACAUGGAACAAGAAAAAGUUUCUUCAUUCACGAUGUCAGCAGAUGAGCAGACACAAAAAUUGACUGAUUUACAAGAGAAAAUUUCACAACUUGAAACAUCAGUAUGUGAGAAAAAUGAACUUCUGGAGAAUAUAGAGAAAGAUAAACAUGCUAAUUCUGAGCAAUUGGAAUCAUGUAAAUCAGAGUUGUCAGAUCUACAGGAAAAGUUCAGUGUAGAGACAAGUUUAUGUGAGAAACUAAAACACGAUGUUUCAGAAAAGACUACAGAAAUAAAUGAAUUUUUGGAAUCAUUGAAUCAUGAUGUAGAAAAUUUAUUGAGUGCUAGAACUUACGUGGAUAGUUUAGUAUCAAGUAAACAUGACUUGGAAACAGAAUGUGAUAAACAAGCUUCACAAGUGGCAAGUUUACAAAAUGAAGUGAAGGAUUUGAAUAACAAAAUAGAUUCACUAACAAACUCUAAAACAGAGUUAGAAAAUACAGUUAGGGAAUCUGAGUUGCACAUAAAACAACAGGCGAGAGAAAUAGAAGUUUUGAAAGAAGGUGAAUCAGUGAAAGGUGAAGAGUUUGAAACAAAAACUCAGUCUUUACUCAGUCAGUUGACAGAACUAGAAAACUGUUAUUCAGAGCUUACAGCUGAAAAAGAAACAUGUGAUAAAACCAUAGAAAAAAUGCAGGAAAAUAUCAAAGAUGUUAGAACUGAAAAUGAUAAAAAUAUUCAAGACUUACAGGCUGAAUGUGAUACUUUAAAACAGCAAAUGCUAGACAAAGUUCAAGAAAAGGAGGACUCAAUAAAGACUCUAGAAGAAGAGAAAGAAGUGCUCAUAAAGAGUAACUGUGAGUUAAAUCUAGUGCUAGAAUCUGAAAGAGAAGAUUUCACUGACAAACUUGAAAGUGCUAAUCAAAGUUUGCAGUCAGAAAAAGAGAAAAGUCUCCAUCUAGAGGAAAGAGAACAUUCCUUGCAAGCAGAACUAAAUUCUUUAGAAAAUAAGUUUGCAGAGAAGUGUUCGGAACUAGAUACAGCAAGGCUUAGUGAAGAUGCUUUGAAUCAGAAGUGUUCACAUAAACAUGCUGUGAUUACUGAACUCAAAGAAAAUGUAGAUGAAUUGAACCAAAAUCUUUCAGGUUGUCAGAAGGAAAUUGUUGCUGUAAAAUCAAGAAUAGAAGAACUGGAAUGUCAGAACAAAACUUUAAUUUCAGAUAAUGAAGACUUAGUUAAAGAAAACACAAACCUGAAAGUUGAUAAAGAAAAUGCAAUACAGGAAAGGGAAACCCUUUUUAGCGAGAAAACUUUAGAGUGUGAACAGUUACAGACUAAAUUAGAAGAGUCAGGUGAUAAAUGUAAACAGUUAGAUGAUAAAAUUUUUAAUUUGAAUUCAGAACUGGAUUUAUUAAAGCAAGAAAGAGAUGCUGUUCAUGGUGAUGCAUCUGAAAAAGACAGUGCAAUAGAAAAAUUGACAAGGGAUUUACAGUCAGUAAAUGAGAAAGUAGUAGAAUUAGAACAGUCAAUAGCAUCUUUGGAGAAAGAUAAAGCAGAUCUGUCAGAGAAAUGUGAUAAAUUGUCAAACUCAUUGGAAGAACUGACGGAAGAAAAAGUGUCAAUUGAAAAUGCAAAAGCUGAACUUGCAGAGAAAUGUGAAAUUCUGUCAAAGUCAGUUGAGGACUUAAACAUCAGAAAUAAAGAAUUUUCAAGUACAAUAAAGGAGUUAAAUGAAAAGGUGUCAGACCUAGAUAAUAAACUUACUGAGCAAAAAGUUGAAACUGAACAGUUGUUCAAGGAUCAUGCAUGUGAAAUUGAUGACUUACAGGAUAAGCAUAAGAAGCAGUUGGAUUUACUGAGGCAAGAGCUGGAAUCUGUACAAACUGAAGAACAAACCAGAAACCAGGUCAUCACAGCAGAACUGGAAGCAGCUAGGGAUGAAAACAGCAGCCUGAUCUCAAAGGAAACACUUGAUAGUAAAAUUGCGGAGUUGGAAGAAGAAAGGUGUCGAGCAUCUCUCCUGGAAACUAAACUGGCAGAAGCAGAAAACAGAAUAAGUGAAAUGGUUGUGAAAGAUACUGAUACGAACACAUCUACUGGACAGGAACAUCUGAAUGAUGAACUUUCUACCUAUAAAACAGCCAACAGUGAACUUUCAGAAAAAGUGUCAGAGCUGGAACACAGACUAGCAGAUACUGAACACAAGUUGAGUCAGAAAGAUGAGAAAAUUGCCUUCCUGCUUGAGAACAUGCAGGAGAUGGAAGAAAGACUCACACAGCUUUCAGCAGAGGAGCAGGAAGGUCAAACUGAUGAUAACUCUAAAGUGCAUGAACUGGAAAAAGAAAUUGAAACAUUGAAAAAGACAGUAGAAGAAAAAGAAUUCAAAUUUACAAAAGCCUUAGCUACAGCAAAGAAGAUAAAAUUACAGUUGAAUCAAACCCGUGAUGGAUUAGAAAAAAUAAAAACUGAAAAAGACACACUGGAAAAAGAAUAUGCUGAGGGUAAAAGUAAAGUUGAUGCCAAGGAUAACGAAGUGCAAGAAAAAGUUGUUGCUGAAAAUCUGGUUGCUAGUGAAAAACCACCAGAAGUGAAGGACACGAGUGAAGAAAAAGUACAAACACAAAAGAUAAUCCAAGAUUUACAGUCACAGUGUCAGACAUAUGCAGAAUUUUCACAACAGCUGCAAGAACAAGUACAGAGUCUCACAGAAGCACAACACUUGUCAGAGAAGACUGUGAAACAAAUGGAGGAGAGUUUUGUUCAGUUAGAUAGUGAAAAGGAAUUACUAAAGAAAAAUUUACAGGAAAAAGAAGAGAUUUUAAGUCAAAUGGGUCAUGAAACAGAAGAACUAAGACGUUCUGUCAAACACCAAAAUUCCAUGCUAGAGGAAAAGAUCCAGAUGAAUGAUUUACUGCAAAAUGAGCUAAAGUCUGUGACAGAAUCAUUUAACAAUUUUAGAAAUUCUGCAACAGCCAGUCCAAAUGAAGAAUUAACUCAUAAAUUAUCAGAAACAGAGAGACAGCUUCAAGAAAGUAGGGGUAAUAUAGAAAACUUGAAUGAGCUGUUACAGAAAAAGGAACUGUUGUUAAGUGAAAUGAAAGAGCAGUUUGAUGAAAUGGUAGAACAAAACACAUCUUACGAAAAUACUAUACAAAUGCUACAAACAGAAAUGAAAUCUAAUACAGAACUGAGAGACCAGUACAAACAAGAGCUUGAAGACUCUGAAAACAAGAAAGCAGAUGUUCAGAGACAGGCAUUGGAAGCAGUUACAGGAUUACAACAGAAAUACCGGGUGAUUGAAGCUGAGUUUGAAGAACAGAAAAAGGUUCUUGUUAAAAUGAAUGAUGAGAUCCUUUCUAAAAAUGCAGAAAUAGAACAACACGUGAACACCAUUCAUGAAACAGACAAUCUUAGAACAGUUAUAGCAGAAAAAGAUAUGAAACUGGAACAUCUGACACAAAACAUUCAGGAGUUGAUCAACUCAAACCAAGAAAAUGAAUUAAGUUGCAGUAACUUAGUAUUAGAAUUGAAAAACCAAAGGGAAACUGUAAAGGAUUUAAAGAAAGACUGUAGAUGUAAGCAGUCUGAAAUAGAUGAGUUAAAUUCAGCUGUAAUAGCUCUGGAAAAUGAAAAAGAAGAAAGAAAUCAAUUGUUUAAGUCUUUACAAAAUGAUUUAGUUGAUACAGCUACAGAAUUUGAUAAAACUAAAACAGCAUUAUCUCAAAAGGAAAAUGAAAUGUCAGAUUUGAAAAGACAAAUAUUAGAAAUGGAAAAUAAAAGUGCUGAUUUUGAAUCAUUGACUGAGCGAAUUCAGACAUUGGAAACACAGAUGUUGUGCAAAGAGAAUGAACUUGGUUCUAAAGCUAAUGAAUUAGAAAUGAUGACUAAAACACUUAUAGAUGUAAGAUCUGAAUUACAUGAACUAACACAAAGAAAUGAACAAAUGGUUGAGGAGAGAGGAAAUAUCUUUGCAGAAAAUGAUAAAAUGAGAGAAAGUGUUGCAUCUUUAGUAGCAAGUGAAGCCAUAUUAAAAGGUUCUAUUGAAACGAAAGAUAAUGAAAUUGAGAAUUUAAAUGUUGAUAGAUCUCAGCUGCAAGAGUUGUGUUCAAAUAAAGAUCAGGAAUUAAAUAAUGUUAAAGAAACCAUGGCCUCCAUUGAGAAAGAACUGUCAGAUAAAAAUGAUAUAAUUAAGCAAUUACAAACAGAAGUGGAAAGUCUUAAAAUGAAUCAGUCAGAGGAGAAAUUAGAUAAUCAACAAACUGACACAACUGAAAAGGUUGAAUCUCUUACAUUGCAAAAUGCACAACUCAACCAGACAAAUCAGGACUUGAUGUCACAGCUUGAAAACAUGCGCGAUUCUUUUGAGAGCCUUAAACAGGAAAAACAGAGCCUUUUUGAUGAUUUGAGUGCAAUUCAGGAUGAAAAUGAAUCUCUGAAACUAAGCUUUGAGAAGUAUGAAAAAGAAAAGAAUGAGGCUGAGGCUGCAAAUAAUACUGAAAUUGAUGGGAAAUUAUCAGAACUUACAUCAACUAUAGUUAAUAUGAAGAAAGAAAAUGAUGAACUUCGGUAUGAACUGAAUUCUCUUACUGCUGAAAAUAGUGAAAUGUGUGAAAGUUUAUCAGCAGUAAGAAAUGAAAUGAGCAAUAUGCAAAACCAUUUUGACACGAUGAAGUCUGAACAUGACUUGGUUCAAAGUGAGUUCCAGGUCUUAAAUAUUGACUAUGGGAAAUUGGUGGAGGAAAAAACAGCUCUUCUGGAUCGCAUAAGAACUCUGGAAGACAGCAACCACAACAGAUCAGUAGAGAGAGAGCAUAAUGAAAACACAUGGGUAGAUGGUGUAAUUGUUCGAGAGGAAAUGCAAAGGCAAUCUGCUUCAGUACAACAUGUAAAGCACAUAGCCCAGGCUACACCAGUCCUUCCAGAACAGGAAGCCAUGGUUUCAGAAACGUUUGACAGUUUACAGACAGAUCCACUAACUCAAAAUAUUGAUGUUGCAGAAUCAAAGACAGACAAAAUUAAAAAAGAAAUUGAAACAUUGCAGACACAACUUCAAGAAGUAAACCAAGAAAGAGAUGCAGUUAAAGAGUCACAUAAUACUUUGCAGGCAAAGUUUGAAAAGUUGCUAGCCAAAUUGAAAACAUUUAAAGAAAGGAAUGACAAUCAUGAAGCAGAAAUUGCUGAAUUAAAACAACAAAGUUCAGCAAGUGAAAGAGCUAUUAGGUCUGAAAAUGACCACCUUAAACAUAAAUGUGAUAUACUUCAAAAUCAAGUCACUGAUUUGGAAAAGGAAGUGAGUGACAUGGUUGAAACUAAUCAGCAGCAGCAAACAUCCAUUCAGGCAUUAAAGAAAGAAAAAGAAAAUUUAGAAACAAAAUUACAGCAGUUACAGAAUUCCAUUGAUGAAGCAGUAAGUGAAAGGAUAAAAAUGUUGCAAGACCAUGAACAUGUAAAACAUGAACUAGAGAACAGUAACAGUAAAUUAAAUAUGGAGAAAAUACAAGCUCAGAAUAGAAAUGUUGAAUUGUUAGAGGAAAUAGAUGGUUUAAAAUCAAUGUUGGAUGAAGCAAAUGAAUCAGUUGAGAAUUUAACAUCAGAUAAGGAAGGAUUAGAAGAGCAAAUAACAAAUCUUGUGUCACAAAUGUUUGGAGACAAAACAAAAUCAACUGAACAAGAUCAAGUUUUGUCCGAUUUGAAACAAAAAUUGCAUGAAACAAAAUUACUUGUUGAAGAAGUAAAACAUAGAGAAGAAAUUGCUGAACGUAAAUUAGUAGACUUUAAAGAACAGUAUCAAAUGUUAGAAAAAGAUAAUGACCACUUCCAGUCCCUUGUCCAGAAAACAACCAGCACUAAUAAUGAACUGAAGCAGGAGAAUAUAAAACAGAAAAUGAAAAUAGAGAAACUAGAAAUUGAGUUGAAAGAAAGUGAAAGUAAUGCAAGGAAAGUCCAGAAUUUGGAAAAAGAAAUUGCUGAUGCAGAAACAGAAAAAGGCCAUAUAGAAGAGGAAAUGGAUGGUUUGCGUGAGGAUAUGAUUCAAGCAAGGAAGGAAAAGAAUGAUGCCAUAGCAGAAAGUACUCGUGUAACAGAAAAGUUGAAUGCAUUGCAAGUUGAGUCGGAAUCCAAGAGAAAUGAAAUAGAAAGUCUGAAAUGGAAUUUAGAUGAAAUGAAAGCUUUAGAAGAAGAAUUAGAUACAGUAAGGAAAGAAAAAGAUCUGAAAGAGAAUGAUCUGCAAAAUGAAUUAUUGAAAACAAAAUCAGUCAUAGAUGACAUCAAUGCUCAAUUACAAGAAAAGAAACAAACUAUUGAGAUAUUAGAAUCCAAGAAUAAAAUGUUAGAUGAAGAACUUCUUUCUGAAAGAAAAGAAAAGGAACUCUUGCAAAAGACUCAGAAAGAUCUUGAAAAUGAAAUUCUAAAGUCUAAAUCUGUUAUAAAUGACCUAAAUACAGAGUUACAAAAAGUGAAAGAUAAUGCUGUAGUAUUAGAAUCUAAGACUAAGAUGUUGGAUGAAGUAGACUCAAGGUUACAGAAGUCUGUAUCUGAAAUGCAAGAAAAGGAUACUGUUAUGGAUGACUUAAAGCAGCAAAUAGAUCUGCAACAGAAUGCUGCUGUGGAUAGAAUCAAUACAUUACAAGAAAACGUGAAAUCUCUAAAAUCAGAACUUGAAGAAACAAAAGUGGACAAUGUUGCAUUAAAGAAACAAGCAGACAAAAACAAUAAGCAGUUACAAAAGUUUGAACUGCUAAAGGAAGAGUAUGAAUCUCUAAAUGAUGAAUAUAACAAAGUGAUUACUGACAAUAGUGGGCUUGCCAAGCAAAUUGAAGAACUUCAUUCCAAAUUGAAAGAAUAUUCCACCAAAAAUCUCAACCUAGAAGAUCACGAGAAGGAUCAUUUACAGAAGUCUAAGGCUGUUCUAACAAAUCGGAUUGAACAACUUGAGACAGAAUGUGCAAACUUAAGACAUCAGUGUUCAGAAUUGACAGAUAGUAAGACAAAUCUUGAACACAAUAUACAGCACAUACAGUUUGAAAGAGACUCGUUAAAAGCCCAUCAAGAAGCACUUGGUGCUGAUAAUCAAUCGGCACACUUUCACAGCGAUUACUCGAAGCUGCAGCAACAGUUCACAGUUGCUAUGCAACAGAAAAACAAGUUGCAGACAGAGGUAAACAUGGCAAGAAAAAGUGUGGCACAGCGAGAUGCAAGAUGUCAACAAUUGGCAUCACAGGUGAGUCAGCUAGCUGAGGACAGAAGUUUCCUGAAUGUACAGUUAGGUGCACUAUCUAAGUCAUUGAGAGAGAAAGAACAAGAGCUACCUUUCGUUCAGCAACAGUACAGGAAUCUGUACCAGUCAUACACUGCUCUACAGGCCAAAACUGCAGAGCUUGAGAAGCGGUUAAUUGUUGAUUAUAUCCAGCGAUCUCCUGCCCCAUCCUCAGGGUCAUUGACCCCCGUAGAAGGUCAACCUUCAAGGUCACAUGAACUGAAGAGGCGAUUGGAAGCAACAGUGAAUGAACAGCAGAAACUAAAACAGACAAAUGUAGAACUUGAACAUAAAACACGACAGUUAGAACAGGUGCUGGAGAUCACAUUACAAGAUAGACUUGGAGAGGCAGAGUUACUGGAGCUAGAGCGAGGUGCAGAAAAUGGCGACCCUGUAGGAAGAGUAACUGAUCUUCAGCUUAUGAGGGAUGCCAACAGCAGUUACCUGGGACGUCUACAGAGAUGGAUGAGUUUACAAACGGCUGGCCCACCUACUCAUGUUGAGAGGCCAGUGCAGUAGGAGUGUAGAGAUAUAGAGACAGCACAUCCUCUACCGACCUGUCCUACAUGCUGGACGGCAUAGCUGACAUUUCAACAAAGUUUCAGUUGUUUACAUUGAUCACUUCAUGCAUAUAUUCUUUGAAAGAGAAUGUUCACAUGAACUUGGCCUUCAUUAAUUCUCUUAUAAUGAAAAGAAGUAUAAUUUUUGCAGUCCCCUAGGAUACAUUACACACUUUAUGGUACUGAAUAUCUCAUCUCAUCUACCAUAGCUAAAUGUUAAAAAGUAGACCACAAGCUUUUACGCAGUUAGCUGUGGUGUCAAAUGAUAAGAAAAAAAACAAAUCUGGGUAAUCAUCCAUAUUACUUUUAUGACAAUAGAGAAAGUCUCUUUGGAUAAGAAAGAACUUACCUAAUGUUAUUCUAAAGACAUAAAAUUAUAGUCAGUGCUCCGCAGUAUAUCUAUGUAUAUGAUUUGAGUAGCAAAUAGUAGAUUAUUAUUGGCAAAAGUCUAUGCAGUUAGUGUCAUAUAAUUAUGUUUGAUUGGAAAAUUCAAUAUGAAAUAUGUGUGUUAAUAUUAGGGUAGAAUAUAUGUGUUAAUAUUAGAGUAGAAUAUGUGUGUUAAUAUUAGAGUAGAAUAUGUGUGUUAAUGUAAGGGUAGAAUAUUCAAAGGGUAGAAUAUUCAGAUAGGUAUAUACUAUUCUGAUAUUGUUUCAUGCAAUGUCACAGUUUGUAAAUAAAAAAAAUUUGUUAUGUGUUCAAACACUUAUCUCUUGUCCACUUUUGCCAUAUGUACCUGAUUUAGUCAGGUUUAUGCAUUUAAUAGUAACUAUUGUUGCUUCAUAUUGGAGUUGUGUUAAUUUAAUUGCAGUGGACUUUUUCUUUUAUAGAUGUUACGUUGAAUUGUUUUAUUUUGUUUGGUUUUAUUUACAUAGUGUAAAUUUUAAUAAUUUAUUGUAGACUUGCAGGCAUUCCUGAUUUAAAAUAUAUUUACAUUUUCAUGAUUUUUUUUUUUUUUUGGUAUUGUAGAAAUUAUGCAUCCUCACAUAAAGAUCACCAGAUCAAUUUAAACUCCAAAUGAAUGAUUGUAAAUAGUUGUUAACUUAAUUUAAAAUAUAAGGCCUCAAUUGACUAGUUGGUUAAAUUGUUGUGUGUUGUCUUUUCUUUACUGGGAUUAUUGUGUUUCUGUUUGUUUUGAAGUUGUCCCAAAUAUUACAGCGACAUAUUUGUAUAUAUAUCACUUCGAUGUUGAAAUUAUUUCUGAUUGCAAGACUCACAGUUUCAGUGUUCGGCACUGUGUAUUGUUUUAACAAUUUUUGUUAACUUUUGCGAAGUCCUGUUUCAUAAAUAACAAUCCAUGCUAAGUAGCAUAGGCCCACAUUGUGUGUUUGGUGAACUAUCAUGUUUUUUUUCUUGUAUAUAAACAUGUACAGUUAUUAUGAUAUGAUGUAAUACAUUCCUGUGUAGAAACUAAAAAUUCACCAUUCUGUUGAACAUCAUUGUUGGCAGGAUUAUAAUGGCACUGUUACUGAGUCUUGAAGCUGUACCUUCAGACAGCAUUUUAACCUGCAAUGUAUUAUGUUUGGCUUCGGCAACCCUUCAAUAUUUUUAUAUAAAAAUUGAGUUUGUUUGAAGGCCUGCUGAACUUCAAGCAGCAAUGUCUUAGUCAAGACUUCAGACCAUAUCUUCACAUUUGUUAGAUUAUUUUUGUCAAAUUCUAUUUCUUCACAUAUCAUUUCUCAUUAUAAAAUGAAAAGGAAAAUUUCUGUUAAACUGUGUUGACAUGUUUUGUAAAAGGUGUAUGGGUGUUUAUAAAUACUGGGAUGAAAGGUGUAUUGGUGUAUAUAAGUACUACGAUAAAAGAGGUAUUGGUGCACAAAAGUACUGGGAUGAAAGAUGUGUGUAGUAAAAUACAGGGAUGAAAGGUGUAUAUAAGUACUAGGAUGAACAGUGUAAAGGUGUACUAUAUGAAUACCAGGAUGAAAGGUGUAUAGAUGUAUAUAACUACUGGGAUGAAAGGUGUAUGGGUGUGUAUAUAUGUACUGGGAGAAAUGGUUCUUGGGAUCUCUAUAGUCUUGCAGAUUACUUUAGGUCAGUCAGAUUUUUUAUAGAUAAGUACUCUGAAUAUUUUAUAUUUUUUCUCUUUUUGACAUUUUACAAAGUUUUCAUGAAGGUAAAAAGUAUCAAAAGUUGAUGAUAUUUUCAGUUCUUCAUAUUGUCAGCAGUGUGGCAAAUCUGUGCCGAGAGAAAAAAUUAGAUAGACUUGUAUUAUAACUGUAUUAAUCUGAAAAUAGUUAAGAACCUACAUUUCAAAAUGAGAAAACAGAAUUUUGUUAUUAAUUGUAGAGUAUUUUAUUGUUCUGCUUUUAUCAUGUUAAAAAUGCUGCCUUUCAGUUGUGAAGUGAAUUGUGCUCCUGUCUUGUUACAUUUGUUACUAUGUUGUGAUGGGGAAUUUCGUUAAUAUAGGCUAAAGUUUAAACAUGUGUUUCCUAGUCUACUGGUUAGCACAGACAAGUUAAUUUCUACAGAUUUUUUGAUAAACAGGGACCAUUUUCAGUCAUUUUCCAUGAUUUUAAUUAGUAAUCUAUAUAAAUGCUAAUAUCUGACAUUACUACAAAAUGUUGUGAAGUUUUACUUUUUCAGUCUUACACCUUGUUCAUGUGUCCUUGACACACAAAUCUGACCAGUAGAUGGAGAAACAUAGUUUACUUUGGAUAGCCUUAUUUAUAUAUCAGCCAUAUUGCAAACAUGUUAUUUGGAAUAAUGGUGAAAUUGAUGACAAAUAAAAGAUCUAUUUAUUUAAA